UGAUCCAUUGGCGUCAUGAUAUAUGGAUAUAUUUAAAAUGUUUAUCAACAAUAUUAUUGACCAUUAAAUGACUUACAUUAUACUAAAUGAUAUAUUAUGUGAUUUAGUUAACGUAUGUCUAUAUCAAAAAUGUUUUAUAUCAAUUUAUGACAGAAAUAUAACGCCAACUGAUAUGAAAAGGUUACCUGACCUGUUAGUAGGGAUUUUGAUACUUUUUGGAAUCCUUGCACGAGGAUUAUGUUUGCAAUGUUGGAAGUGCAUUUCGGAUGACUGUGAUACGGAUCCUAAACUUAAUAUACAUGCAGUAAAAGUAGAAUGUAAAUAUGGAGAACAAUGUAUGAAGGUACGUUAUAAGAUGUUUGACAAUGUUACACAUUAUGAUACUGUUAUACGAACGUGUACGCAAAAUAAAUGUGUAACUUCAUCACGUGACGAGUUUCUAAAAUGUCUAUCAACACCAAGACUGUAUAUGAUUGAUGGAUGCUCUUUACGUUCAUGUUGUAGAGACAGAGAUUUGUGUAACUCAGGAUGGAGUCCAUCUUUGAUGCCAUUAAUCUGUGUGACUUUAUUUGUGCUUCAUACAUUACUGUUGACAUAA